UAUCAAAUCAUUUUAUACCUUCAACCAGAGCAUUUUGUAGCAGAACAAAUAAUAUUAAAAAUGAAAUUCUUUGUCGCAGUUUUCGCCACGAUUGUGAUGAGUGCCUGUGCUGCACCUUCAGCAUUCUAUCAACAUGCACCACUUGCAUAUAGUGCUGCAGUUUAUCAACCAGUUCAAACAAGCAGUCAAUGGCACGCACAAUCAGGAUUAGGCGACUAUGUUUAUGGAUAUCAAGCUGGUCCAAGUUCAAAAUCAGAAGUUAAAACUCUUGACGGAAUUACUCAAGGAUCAUACUCAUAUGUUGAUGCCGCAAGUAAAUUACAAACCGUAAAUUAUGUUGCUGAUUCACUUGGAUUCAGAGUUGCUGCUACAAAUCUCCCAACACCACCCGUUUAUGAAGGAAAAGCACCAAAACCAGUUGAAGAUACACCAGAAGUUAAAGCCGCUAAAGCUGAACAUUUAAGCCUUGUUGCAAAAGCCAAGAAUGGUGAAGCUGUUGUUGCUGUCUCAGAAAUUACUCCAUUGAAGGCUCCAGAACCAGUUGAAGACACCGUUGAAGUUAAAGCUGCUAAGGCUGAACAUUUGAAGGCUGUUGAAGUUGCCAAGACUCGCUCAGCAGUCGCUGAUGAUGUUGUCAUUGCUCCACACAGCACAGUUGCCAUCCAUGCUCCAGUUCCAAUCCAUUAUUCAGCUCCACUCAGCUAUGCUGCUGCUCCAGUUCCAGUUCAAUAUUCAGCUCCACUUGCUUACUCAGCACAUCAAGUUGUCACAGUCGAAGCUGAACCAAUCAAGCCAUUCUCAUAUGCCGUCCAUUCAGGAUAUCCAUACUAUUAUUAAGUUGAAACAUGGCUGAACUGAGGACGUAGAGUUGAUGUAUAAAAAAAUCAGGAAGUGUGAAUUAAUAUUUUAAGAGUUAAUGUAUAUAACAGUCAUCAA